GCUAAAGUAGUCUGCUUACACUUAAAUGGCCCUAUAUAGUAAAGUAGCUAGCUAGCUUGCAAGCUGUGAAACAGAAGAGAUUUGUGAAUGCGUAUACAAACACCAAACCUCUACGCAGCCAUAUAGUAUUCUGAGGAUCGUUCAAAUAAUUACAUGCCAUACUGUUAGACAAAGGAUGGGAGAUAAAGAUGCGGAUCUAAUCAACCAAGUAGUCAUGCUGUGAUUGAAAACCAUAGCUCUUAUUUCCACUGCUUUUCCACUGCACACAUUACAGAGAUGUGUGUCUGGAAUCAAUUGUAGCAUGAGAGAUCGCAUUCAGGAUCUGGUUAAGUGGUGAAAGCUAAAGGGACGUCAGCGCUUCUUGUGAAGGGGCUAAGCUGGCGAUGUCACGGGUCCCCACCCCCCCUCCUCCUGGGGAGAUGUCCGUUGGGCCUGUGGCGGAGAGCUGGUGUUACACCCAGGUUAAAGUAGUGAAGUUUUCCUACAUGUGGACCAUAAACAACUUCAGUUUUUGCCGAGAAGAGAUGGGAGAGGUUUUAAAAAGUUCCACCUUUUCCUCGGGUCCCAAUGACAAAAUGAAAUGGUGCCUGCGAGUCAAUCCCAAGGGACUUGAUGAUGAAAGCAAAGAUUACUUAUCUUUGUAUUUACUUCUUGUUAGUUGUCCAAAAAGUGAAGUGAGGGCAAAGUUCAAAUUUUCCUUACUGAACGCAAAGAGGGAAGAAACUAAAGCUAUGGAAAGCCAAAGAGCAUAUCGAUUUGUGCAAGGGAAAGACUGGGGUUUCAAAAAAUUUAUUAGGAGAGAUUUUCUGCUCGACGAAGCAAACGGACUCUUACCGGACGACAAGCUCACUCUUUUCUGUGAGGUGAGCGUGGUCCAGGACUCGGUGAACAUCUCUGGCCAGUCCAACAUGAACGUGCUGAAGGUGCCGGAGUGCCAGCUGGCUGACGACCUGGGGAACCUCUGGGAGUGCUCACGCUUUACUGACUGCAGCCUCCACGUCAGGGGCCAGGAGUUCAAAGCCCACAAAUCCAUCCUGGCAGCAAGAUCACCGGUCUUUAAUGCCAUGUUUGAACAUGAAAUGGAAGAAAGCAAAAAGAAUCGCGUAGACAUAAGUGAUGUAGACCCUGAAGUGUUCAAAGAGAUGAUGGGCUUCAUCUACACGGGAAAGGCGCCAAACCUGGAGAAAAUGGCGGACAGUUUGUUAGCGGCUGCAGAUAAGUAUGCUCUGGAGCGCUUAAAGGUCAUGUGUGAAGAGGCUCUGUGCAACAGCCUCUCGGUGGAGAAUGUGGCCGACACACUCAUCCUCGCAGAUUUGCACAGCGCAGAGCAGCUCAAAGCACAAGCCAUAGAUUUUAUCAACAGGUGCAGUAUCCUCAGACAGCUGGGCUGCAAAGAUGGGAAAAACUGGAAUAGCAACCACGCCGCAGACAUAAUGGAAACUGCGGGCUGGAAGUCAAUGAUCCAUUCCCACCCUCACUUAGUGGCGGAGGCUUUCCGCGCACUGGCGUCUGCCCAGUGCCCACCCUUUGGCCUGCCCAGGAAACGCCUAAAACAGUCCUGACUGACUACCGCGCCGUCAGACUUUUCAUGAUGAUGCUGGGUAGGGAGAGACGAGGAGAGCACAAGGGACUAAGAAACUGUCCUCCUUACCACCCUCUUAAAAACAAACAAACAAAAACUAAACAAACAGACAGACAACACAAACUCGAAAAAGAAAUGCAAAGAGCAAAAGGUAUCCUUGUUUCCAUAGGGAGGGUGGGGAGGCUUGUCAUUUAUCCACACAACUGUGUUAUUCACUUCAAGUGAUGGUCGGUCCUGGUCGUCAAGCUUUAUCAGCUGAUAUCUUCUGUCAUUUCAAAUGGCCUUAACCUCUCUGCCAUUGCUCUGGAGUAGAGCGCGUCGGAGCAGCUGAUUCCUUGAUUCUACGCUGUGCCUGCCUUGUCACAAAGACCAGGCCCACCUCCCUGUUGCACUAGUUCCCAACGUCUAGUCAUUUUGAUAAAUGGAGUUCUAUAGGAACGUGUUAAUGAGUGUUUAAUGGGAAAAAUAUUAUAUAUUUGUAAUGUUUAGCCCGUUUUGUGACUAGACAUUAAAAUUAAGUGUCAACACUUGGAGCGCAAGGUCAUUUCUUUUACACUUUUUGAAAAGACAAAUAUGCCCCAUAUUGAUGGCACAAUUUCUAUGUAAAGACAUUUAAACCUAUUCAGAGGACAGGUCUAAAAGCAAGCAUAUUGUAAAGAAAGGCGAAAAAAUGUAUGCAGUGGGAUGUUGUGAUGCUGUAUGUAACACGAAAGGAAUUCAUGUCUGUAUUCUGCCUCUAAUCUAUUAAACCUAUGGGAUUUAAAAAACAAAUGUUUGACCUAGUCUCCAGGUGUACUGAUUCAAAGGUGUUAAGGUGCAAGAGGGUUAUUUCGAUGUAGAGAUAAUCCUGUUAAGACUAAGGUGGCAGUUGGCAUAUAAUUAUGGUUUCUGUGAUCAGCAAAAAAGGGAACCUCUGAAAUACCAACAUAUCCAAUAUUGUUUGAAUGAAAUGCCCAGGUUCAGUGUUAGUCAUGUGUUUUCCCUUUACCUGAAAUGACCUACGAACUGAACAGUUUGAAGUUAAAUGAAGGCGAUGGAUUUGCAGAAGUGAUGGUGUGACCGUAACUGGGAACUUGUUGUAGGAUGCUGAGCAUCAGUGUCAUUUUUUUUACUCUGUGUUGUAUGGAUGGGAGGAAUAAAACCGUUGUCUGUCGUGGAUUUGUUUGUCUUAAACUGUGGUGUUACAAUAGACUUGAUGUACUCAUCUUGAUGAGUGUGCACAAUACUGAAUGAAGCAUGUAUUACUGUGCUGUCCUCAAAGGACACCAGAAGAUGUUGGAAUUUCCCAUGUUGAAAGAAAAAAAAAUGUUUUUGAAGAAUUGCCUGCAGUUAACUCAUUAAAUAUUUUUCAAUAA